UCCUUUAGAUUCCAUUAAAUAGAAGAAAAUAAGCCAAAAUGCAUCUUAAAACAUGUUGGUCCCCUUGUUUCUGGCAUCCAAGUGUACGGAGUGGAAGCUUUGCUGUUGCUCUGUACAGUUUACUCAUGUCUAUUUGUAUAAUUACGUACACCGUGUACGUAAUGGUUGGAGGAGAUGCUAGCCAGCUGUACCUCCCACUCUUCGAGGCGGCAGCAUUCGGUCUGUGGUUAAUAUUUGGCUACUAUAUCUACCUAGAAGUUGUGUUCGCUGCGCUGGUUAACUGGUCUUGGAUGAGUUACAACGUGUACUGUUACUAUACAGUACAGUACAGGAUUCAAGAAUUUAUCCUCAAGAAGUUUUUGCUCUAA